AUGGCAACGACUAUUGGGGUUUCAAAGUCAGGAUGCGGCGCCUCGAUUGUAACAAUGGAGUCCUCUCUUGUUCAAAAAGCUGGAACUCAUAUGCACAGUAAUAAUCUUACAACAAUCAUUAAGUUCCAAAUGAGGGUUUUUUUUAAGUCAAAACUUUUGGAGAAUCCGUUUAUUUCUGCAAAUAAAUUAUAUGAUGCAGCAUUGAUUUUUAUGAAUAGUUUUUAUUCAUAUGAUGAAUUUAUUCUGGGAUUUGCACCUUCCUAUUUUUCACUUAAAACCAGUUUAUAUAGAUGGAAAGCAAAAAUUUUGCCAAAUGGCGACCUUUUAGCAAUACGGAAUUUUAAUUUUAACGAGUUUAUUUUACCAAACGGGCAUAAUACUCUAAUUUUUAAAGAACUAGAAAUACAUAAAAUAAUAAUUAUGGGCGAUCUAGAUUUUAUUGACCGGUUUGCUACUGCAAGAAACUAG